CAACGCGAGACAGAAGUUAUCUUGUUCGACCGUUUGAUCCAUCUGAAGCUUUCAUACCGUUCAAAGGCCAAUUUUGGUUGCUCCAUCGCCCCCGACACAAAUCCCGCCAGGAGCUUCAAAAGUCAAACAAGCUGCAAACGUCUGAUCUUCGCCGCUAGUCUCGGGCUACCAUUGCAUCCCAGAACUCCGUAUCUCGAUAAAUAUCAUGUCGAGAUCAUCGAACAAACGCCCUCCCGAAACCGACGUGUCCGAUUCAAGCCCAAAAAGGCCCCGACCCCACUCUAAUCGCAGCGUUUCGACAAACAGCGAUAACAGCGGUGCAUCCUCCCACAACACCGCCUCACACGAGCUAAGCUCGCCAAGUUCCCCUUCUUCCUCCUCUUUAGCUCCUACCCCUUAUUCGGCUUCCUCAUCAUCGUCGAGUGGUCGCCGCGAUCGUGAUGAUUUAAGUUCUGUCGCGCCCAACGGCGACGCUGUACAUUCAGUACCGAGCGAAGAUGAGGAAAACGAGCCUAUAAUACUCACACGCCCUAAACCUCCUAUGUAUCGCAUCCCUACUUCCGACCUAUCAGCGCGUCUCGCGGCAUUUCUCCCCGCCCUCAGAGCUGCGAAUGACAAUCUCGAAAGAGACAUUGCUGCAGGAAAAGUAAUGAGUGCCGAAAUUCACGAUGAUAGUGAGGACGUCGAUGAUCGCGCCGAUGGUGAAGGUCGAAGGACCGAUCAGUACAUUGAGAUGAAUCUCGGCCUUGGAGUCCUGGAACAGAAAUCGGAUGAUGAGUCUGAGGCUAGUAGUGACAGAAGCCCUGAUUCUUCCAAUGGUGAAAGUGAGGGCACCCGGUGGUCCAGAGGCGAUACAGAUGUCUUGGAUAGGUUAAUGGGGAAUAAACCCAUAACAACAAGGCCAAUAAUUGAAGAGAUGGAACAAUGAUAUCCAUCACAGCAACAUACCAACUGGUGCCCAAACUUCUUUGGCCCACCUUCUAAAUAAUAUUUUCUGGAU